AUUUUGACACACGACACCCAACUUUGACAGACAUUGUCAAUUGCAAAACAGUCCGGCUGCAUUUCCUAACGACUCGCAUCAUCCAAAUUCGAAAUAUGAGCGAAGAAGUGACUGCAGUAAGCAUAUCUGCCAACAUUCAAGAAUCCAACAAGGAAAGCGAUACCGAAUGUCUCAAGUCCACGUCUGAGUGCUUAACGUCCCAGUCCUUAUUCUCAGUGAAGAGUUCAGAAGUGUUCGCUGUCGACGAAGUAUCAAACUUCACUAGAAACUUAGUGGUCAACAUUCUGAGCGAUUGCUUGAACGAGCUGAGCGUCUUGCGCAGCAUCAACCUUCAAAAUGACUUAGGUCUCAACCCCAACAAGCUUCUAUCUUAUGUUAGCAUUGAGGAUCGUUACAUGGGCCAAGAAAACCAUGCGGAGUUUCGAAUUAACUCAACAAAUAACAAUUUCGACAAGUUGGCAAAAGACAUCAACAUGAUCUAUGUCGUCCUAGAUGAAACAUGUAAAGAGAUUAAGAAAUUUGGUCAGUACCGGUGCAUGGAAAACACAGUAAGUGUCGUCAAUCGAAUGCACGAAGAGGAGGAACGGCUUCUGCAGGACGAAUCAAAUCAGGAGCGAAUCAUCGCAGACAUCAAAUAUAAAUGCGAAGCCGAAAGGUUGGACAACAUUAGCACCAUUGACGAAACUGACACCAAAAUACAGGAGCUUCGAUACCAAGCCGAAGACAUUUACAUCUACGGCCAGUUGGAAGUGCAGUUUUUCGACAAAUGGGAAAAAACCAGAAUCGAGCAAAAUACGAUGAAGUGCCUGAACAAUGAAGAGCACUUUAAGUCCAUCAUUAGCAGCACGAAAGAAAUAAUCAAUGUGGAGAAGCGUUGCCACAAUGAAUUGGAUUCCUACUUUGAAGAGACAAAAAGCGACUACCUGCAAAAGAUUCAACAAUGGAUGCAAAAAUAUGACGAAGAAAUCGAGCAACGAGAAGGUGACAUAAUUCACCUUAGAAGCGAUUUGGAGAAGAUCACUGACGAGAGGAAGCUGUUGUGUGAAAAGUACGAAAAACAGCAAGUGGAAAUUAACAACUGGUUGGAGUACAAAAGAAUAAAGGAGGAAAAUGAAGGACAGCGACUAAGAGAAAUCGACGCAGCAACAAAAAUUGAGGCCUGGUGGAGAGGCGUGAUGGUGAGGAAUAAGCUUGGACCUUAUGACAAGAAAAAGAAAGGCAAAUUGCAAAGCAGAUAUAACAAAAAAUUGAAAAAUGCUCGAAAUUAAUUCAUUACCUUUAUAGAUCAAAACUCCAUAAGGUCUAACAAAUUGGAGGUAGUUUACUAGUGUAUGGUGUUUCGAAAAUAUUCGGGAAUAAUUUACCUACAUUACUUUGAGUUAUGGAAGUGAAAGAAUGCAGAACCUACUUCACUGUUUUUGGAAUAAAUAAUAUAUUUGAAAAA